AUGUUUGUAGUUGUUGCUCUAUUUUCACAAGGUUCAGGAGAACAAGUCAAGUUCACCUUCUUGAGUUUUUACUGCAAGGAUCUACAUCUUUGUACAACUCUACUUUCACAAGAACAAAUAAGAAUGCUCACUUUACACCAUAGGUGGUAAUGGAUUUGCUCAAAGACUGUUUUCACAUUUCUGUCUUGGCUACGUCUCUGGCUGAAUACAGAAUGUUUAGCGUGUUGUUAUUCUUCUCUGACUUCUGGGUGCGUCAGUGGAUGACGUCGGCUCUGUGCCCCACGGAAAUCAACUCGACUUCAAUGCGGAAGUUUCUCUGUCUUCGCUGUGUUUUUAACAACGAUCUACAAGAAAAGGAAAACAAUCAACUUCAAAGUUAUUUAGCCAGCAAAAUAUUUACUAUAAGUAACUGCCGUACUCAUAAUUAACAACCAUAGGUUGUAUUUAUUGAAUUGUUUUAUUCGUUGGGAUCUUUUGAUAAGUAUUCAGCCCUUAUGGCUGCCAACAACAAUUUACAGAAAGCCAUUGAUCUGGCCAGCAAGGCUGCACAGGAGGAUAAAGCUCAGAACUAUGAGGAGGCUUUGCGCCUGUACCAGCAUGCUGUUCAGUACUUUCUUCAUGUCGUCAAAUAUGAAGCUCAGGGCGACAAGGCCAAACAGAGCAUCAGGGCCAAGUGUGCAGAGUACCUGGACAGAGCAGAGAAGCUGAAGGAAUACCUAAAGAAGAAAGAGAAGGCUCCGCCUGCCAAGCCUGUAAAGGAGUCUCAUUCAGAUGACAAAGGGAAUGAAAGUGAUGAAGGGGAUGAUCCGGAGAAAAAGAAGUUCCAGAACCAACUCUCAGGCGCAAUUGUUAUGGAAAAGCCAAAUAUCAAGUGGAACGAUGUUGCUGGGUUAGAGGGAGCCAAAGAAGCACUGAAAGAAGCUGUUAUUUUGCCUAUCAAAUUCCCCCACCUUUUCACAGGUAAAAGAACACCGUGGAGAGGGAUCCUGCUCUUUGGACCUCCUGGUACAGGAAAGUCCUACCUAGCUAAAGCUGUGGCCACUGAGGCUAACAACUCGACCUUCUUCUCCAUCUCUUCUUCUGAUCUGGUAUCCAAAUGGCUGGGAGAGAGUGAAAAAUUGGUGAAAACUUUGUUCAGCCUGGCGAGGGAGAACAAGCCUUCCAUCAUCUUCAUAGAUGAGAUUGACUCCCUGUGUGGCUCCAGAAGUGAGAACGAGAGUGAGGCUGCCCGUCGUAUCAAGACUGAGUUCCUGGUUCAGAUGCAAGGGGUUGGAAAUGACAAUGAGGGAGUCUUAGUCCUCGGGGCCACCAACAUCCCCUGGACAUUGGACUCAGCCAUCAGAAGAAGGUUUGAGAAGAGGAUCUACAUCCCCCUGCCUGAGGAACAUGCCCGCUCCUUCAUGUUUAGGCUUCAUCUUGGCUCCACAGCCACCAGCCUCAAUGACUCUGACUUUGUCACCCUCGGCAAGAAGACCGAGGGCUACUCUGGAGCUGACGUCAGUAUCAUCGUCAGAGACGCUCUCAUGCAGCCCGUCAGGAAGGUGCAGUGUGCCACCCACUUCAAACGGGUACGAGGACCAUCGAGAGAUGAUCCUAACAUGCUCAUCGAUGACCUUCUGACCCCAUGUUCUCCCGGAGACCCAAAUGCCGUUGAAAUGACAUGGAUGGAUGUCCCUGGAGAAAAGCUGUUGGAACCUGUUGUCAGCAUGCCUGAUAUGCUGAGGUCCCUUGCCAGCACCAAGCCUACCGUCAAUGAGGCAGAUCUGGACAAGCUGAAAAAAUUCACAGAGGACUUUGGACAAGAGGGUUAAAUGGAGCCUUUAAGUCUAACCAAAGCGAAGAAAUUGAUUGUUAAGUGUUCUUUUUCUUUACCUCUUUCUUUUCAAUCUUCCUCCACUUUCUUGGCUCAUCAAUUGGCUCAAGUGUCCCACAUGACUGGCUAGGCUAGUCUAAUUGGCCACACAGGAGCUUGAAGAUUGAUAUGUUUUCUGAUGUCCUCCAUUGUCCAAAGCGGAUAAAGGACUUGAAGGUGUGGGGUGUAUGCAGUUGACUUGAUGAAUGGCACAUGGACAACUACUUAGGGAUCAAUUUGCAGUCUUGGAAUUGUUUAUUUUGAACAUAUGAGCAGGCCGACACAGCACUUUGGGAUAAACCUAAAAUUUGAGAGACAUGCAUAUUAAACUGAACCUCAUGUAAAUCAUGCUUUCAAGAAAUUGUUGUGCAUUGUCCUUUUAACAAUUUGACUGUAAAAUGUAUAGGUACCUGUCCAAUUGCCUUCAAGAUGAUUGCAGUGAGCAUCAAUAUCUAUAUUACUCUACUUCUUUUUAUACUCCUAAGAUGAAAAGCAUUUUAUAGUAGAUACUUUACGGAAAUGUAUAGCUCUUUGGUCUUGAAAACUAAAUUAAAAAUGCAUGCCAUUGUAUUUUCAUAAGAUAUUUAAUUUGUGGAAUUAAGGCCUCAAGUCAGAGGGUGAUGGUCAUAAAAUGGGUUAGAAGAACUGACUGACACUCAGGAAAGAACCUGUUAGGCCAUGGUUCCAUGUAAAACAAAAAAAACUACUAAAGAAAAACAUUUCUUCUACCACCAUCUUAAUUUAGUAGUUCAUUGUCCUUCUGCUUUUAGUGUAUCAGGAUAGCCAAAGGUACUGGAUCAGUUUUUAGCUUUCAAGGAGUGUGUAUAUUUACACUCUUUUACACAACUUUUUAUUUGUAACUGACCCCCCUUACACACUACAUACAAUUUGCCCGUUCUCACAUACCCUCCCUGCAAAGCUUUGCUGAUCCGCCCAACGGCAACUACUGAAAAGAGAUGGUGCCUGUCUAAGCCUUGCUCUUAUGAAGGGCGGAUACUGAGGAUUGAAUAAAAUGUCGUUUGAGUUCAAGAUUUGAAGAACAAGAGAGCAGAUGCGAUAAUGUUUUCCAAACAGAGACCACCUUUGAAAUGAGGCCAUAUUCAGUGGCAAUGCAUACUACGUGCCUUCUAAACAAAUUGCUGAAAUAUAUUCAUUUUAUUUUUGAAUUUGGAAGUUGAUAUACAGAGACACUGCUUAAA